AUGCAGAUUCAUACAGCUCGGAUUCGUGGUUCCAAAUUUGGCCCAGCAUUGGUCGUUGAAACAUCCGUAGGAAGUGGUGGGUACAUUUUGGGAUUUCGGGUGGAUCCUGAAGAACGUCUUCAUGAAAUUUUUCGAGAAAUACAGAGUCUGCAUAGCGUUUUUGCGAUCAAUCCAAUCUACGGUGUCGAGUUUGAGAUUGAAGAGAAACCAGCUUCUUUAGAACAAGUUCGACAACCACGUCAGAUUGACGAUGUCGUGAUUGAGGAGGACCAUGCUAGCUCCAUGGAUGCCUUUGCAGCUUAUUAUGCAGCAGUGAACAAGAAUCAAGACCGGCAGCCAACGUUUUCCAAAGAGCUUGGGUUAGCUAUUGAAAGUUUGCCCGAUGGCUUUAGCUUAAGCGAUUUGUGGUAUGUCAAUUAA